AUGAGACUACGGUCGAACCACGUUAUUCCGCCAAUCUCGGAUUACAUUCCACGCCGCCGCCGCCAGACGCGAAGUGUAUCCGCACAGCCUGGGACCGAGGCCGCGACCGAGACUGCGCCAGAAGUUGCACAAGAAACUGUACUAGAGGCACAGUCUGCUGAACAGAGGCAAGCUCCAAAGCGGAAGCCAGCCAAGAGAGCCGGCCGGAAGAAGAAGGCUGCGCCAAAGGGCAAGAAGCAGACUGAAGCCGCCGAACCCCAGGAAGACCCCGUUACGCUCAUUCCCUCUGUAGAGCAACCUGAUACCCGUAAGUUGCACCCAAAGCCCACCAGGGUCCCCGCCCCCCAUCGCAUCUUCAAAGGACGAAACAUCACGGCGGUCUUUCGAUUUGGAAGUGCUAGCGAGCUCCUGCAAACGGACCACAAGGAUCCCACUCCGUCCCUCCCGCAGACACCCUUGAAGCCGUAUGCCUGGCCGCCUGGAGUUUAUAACAAGCUUACCCGAAUCCCCUGGUCACUUCCCUGGUCCCCACCGCCUCCCCAGAAGGCCUGGCCCCACAGACGUCCUCUUACUUUUAAUAUCCCGGAUGAACCCGAGCUGACCAGCACGGAAGAACCAUCCUCUAGGAAACGGAACCGAUUGCCCGAAGACGAUCCUUCGCCGUCGAAACGUCACAAGUUAACACUCCAAACCCCACCCGGCUUCGAAAACCGUCCUCGUGGCAGCUCUCGCAGGACGUAUGCGGAUCGCGCGCGGCGACGCGAAGCGGAAAGGGACGGACGAAUUGAUCGCACAAUUUACCGUUUCCCCCAGCUUUUGGCUCAGCAGGGAGAAGAUGCGAGAUCUGGCAAUGAUAAGCCUCUGGCCUAUCAUGCAGACGAAGAGACCAUGCCCCAUGGUGACCACAUUGUUCCGGUAUCUUCAUUGCCUUCUGCACUCCCGCCAAAUCAAAAUCAAAAUCGACCUGGUUGGCGACAAUGGAUAUUCAACUCAGUGACUGGUCUCUGGCGACGAGAUAAUGCGCCCCAAACUGCAGAGGCCACACAAAUGGCUGAACCUCAACAUCCAAUGGAAAAUGAACCUCCCACUCCGCGCCUGCGCAUUGCAGAGUCGCAACCCUCUAACUCGCGCCUGACAUCUCCCACUAUGCGCCCACGUUUUGCAGGGUCGCAAACCCCAAACUCCCGUCUGGCAGCCACUCCGCGCCCGCGCAUUGCAGAGUCGCAAGUCUCAAACCCGCGUCUGACAGCCAGCGCACGUGCUCCACUAGUCGAAAGAAAGAAAUACUCCUAUGAUUUGGACCCACCCGGAUUUGAUCCAGAACUGCUCGCGCGCAUGCGUGCCAGGAAAGCGAAUCCUCAGGAUCUCCAACCUGUAACUUCACCAGAGCAAGUUCGUGCGCGCUACGAGAAUGAAUCGAAGAAACGCAAGCGAGCACCGUCACCCGACGUCAUUCCACACCCUCCUAAUUGUAGUUUCGGAUUUGCUCCAGAAUACUUCAUCAUAGACGAGGACGAUGACGACUUGCUCACAGCCGAGCAGGAGUAUCAAGAUACCAAGGCCAAACAAGCUACAGUCAGCGACGCACUGGAAGAGGAGCAUGUCUCCAAGCGUGUGCGCUCUGACACUGCCCACCUGGAAAAGGCACCGGAAGAGGAGCAUGUCUCCAAGCGUGUGCGCUCUGACACUGCCCACCUGGAAAAGGCACCGGAAGAGGAGCAUGUCUCCAAGCGUGUACGCUCUGACAAUACCCACCUGGCAAAUGCACCGGAAGAGGAGCAUGUAUCCCAGCGUGUGCACUCUGGAAAUACCCGUUUAGAAAACUUCAACCACCAGGCAGCACAAAUCGAAGAUUCUGAACUCCGCAAGGCCCGUCACAAUGCCGAGCAGUACAAGCCGAAGACUCCUAGUCGUCUCCGAGCCGCUCACCGAUUUUCCAGCAGUUGCAAUGAGUCCCUGGAGGAAGAUAACAUCCGCCGCAGAAAGAUGCGCAAAACCUCCUUGGCCACGGCAUGUCCCACUGGGGAUUUAAACAAUAUCAUCUGGCCGGAGACUGAACCAUGGGUGGACCGUUUCAACUGGGGCCACCGGGAUCUAGAGACGAUGAUGCGGCUGUCCAACGCCUCCUUCGGCAUGUCCGUCGAGAAACGAUGUGAUAAAUUCCAUCAGGUCUUCAUUCGAAAACUUGCCGCUCGACGUGGAGAUUCUUGA